AUGGGUGAAGGAACUGGUUCAUCGGUGGUUAGAGAACCAAACAAUUACAAAAAGGGAGAAGUACCGCCUACCACCACAGCUCAAUCUCAGGCCAUCAACAAGUAUUCUGUGGAGUAUAUAGUUAGAUCAGGAAUAGCUGGUGGUGUAUCGGGAUCUUGUGCCAAGACAUUGAUCGCCCCACUAGAUAGAAUUAAAAUUUUAUUUCAAACUUCGAAUCCCCAUUAUACCAAAUACACAGGUUCUCUUGUAGGAUUAGUGGAAGCAGCAAAACACAUUUGGAUUAACGAUGGUAUUCGUGGAUUUUACCAAGGUCAUUCAGUAACAUUGAUUAGAAUUUUCCCCUACGCAGCUAUUAAAUUUGUUGCUUACGAACAAGUGAGAAACCUUUUAAUUCCAUCUUCAAAUUAUGAAGUUCCUUGGAGACGUAUACUAAGUGGAUCACUAGCAGGACUAUGUAGUGUUUUCGUCACAUAUCCAUUAGAUCUAUUACGUGUAAGAUUGGCAUACGUUACUGAACACAAGUCGAAAGUCAGGUUAAUCGAUUUUAUUAGAGCCAUUUACCAUGAACCUGCAUCCACAACAUUGACUUCCCGGCGGUAUAUACCGAAGUGGUUUGCCCAUUGGUGUAAUUUCUACAGAGGUUAUUGCCCUACCGUCUUAGGGAUGAUCCCAUACGCAGGUGUAUCCUUCUUCGCUCAUGACUGUCUUCACGAUUUAUUAAGAAUUCCGCUAUGUGCACCUUAUACAGUUAUUAAGAUAUCGGAACAGGAAAAAGAUAGAAGGUCGCAGCAGAAUCAGAGAACUCCGUUGACCACUUGGGCCGAACUAGGUGCUGGUGGAUUAGCAGGUAUGGCAUCACAAACAGCGGCAUACCCUUUUGAAAUUAUCAGAAGACGACUACAAGUGAGUACCUUAACGGCGACAAAUGCACAUGAACAUAAAUUUCAAUCGAUUGGAGGAAUUGCGAGAAUAAUCUACAAAGAACGUGGAUGGCGUGGAUUUUUUGUUGGGUUGAGUAUUGGCUACAUAAAGGUUACCCCCAUGGUUGCUUGCAGUUUCUUCGUCUAUGAAAGAAUGAAGUGGCAUUUGGGCAUAUGA